AUGAUUGAUGCACACUAUCGGCCCUCGGAUGAACUACGAAAAGCUCUGCAUACUUCCGACACCCGCUUUACCAACAGGCUCGAAGUCAAACUGUUCAUAGGUGGUACGACCCAAAUACUUCUGAGUAGUAGACACCGAUGCACUCAUUUCGGAGCCGACGCCUCAUCUGGAGCAUGGAUCGAUCUCACAGUCCGUCUGACAGGUCGUCUCUCAAAUCAACAGACUUCUCAGACGGACACGCUUGCUUCGCAGCUCGAGUAUCUUCAUCAAGCGGUAGUCGACACCGUACGCUCACUGAAAGAGAGCAAAGGUACCGAAAACAGCGAACCUUCCACUUUCGACGUUUCUGCCAUUGCGCGGGCGCUUGUGGACCAGCGACACAGGUUCGUUUCGGUAAUGGACAUACAGUGGGUGGAGGCUGCGACGGUCUUCAACGAACGACCUCUCUCCAAAGGCAAGGCUACUGCGGAAGUGGAGACUGCAGAAAGAUCUUCUAGCAAGGAGGAUCGCACAGAUUCCAGUCUUGUGGGGGAGACCGCCAUAUUGAACGAUACGGACAGCACAGCCAAGCACUCUGACGAUGCUCACGAGUUGAAGACCCACGUGGAAGACGCAGAGAACGUCCAAGCCGAUGGAGCGGAAGACAAAGAUGACGAAAUGAGUUUGAGCAUGGCCGAAGCUGAAGCCGCAACGCCUGCAGAAAGCCGAGCGGAUGACGAGGUGGCCAAGCACCCCGACAACCGCAACAAGGUGCAAAUGUUCACGGAGAAUGCAGAGAGCGAUCAAGCCGAUCAAGUGGAUGAUGGAACGACUUUGGACAUGACCAACGGCGAAGAUGCCAUGCCUACAGGACCGGAUGAUGGGAUGGUCUUCAUCGCUCUUGGGAGCAACGUCGGCGAUCGCUUGAAGAACAUUGAGGAUGCUUGCAAUUUGAUGGAUGCAGAUCCGGACGUCCGGGUCCUGCGGACCAGCAGUCUGUACGAGACGCCACCGAUGUACGUCGAAGAUCAGGAACGUUUUCUAAACGGGGUCUGCGAGAUUGCUACCAAGCUGCAGCCCAUCCACCUACUGGAUCGUCUUCAGGCAAUCGAGCAGCAACUUGGACGCGUCAAACUCAUCGAGAAGGGCCCCAGAACCGUGGACCUCGACAUCUUGUUCUACCGAGACGAGCGAAUGAACACCGAGCGAUUAGUACUACCUCAUCCACUCAUGAUGGAGCGCGACUUCGUUCUCCGGCCUUUCUAUGACUUAAUUCAACCCAGCAGGCGUCGUGGCCUCCUUGGAGAGAGCGUGGAGAAGCAGGUCACAAGGGCCUUUCACAAAAUCAAAGGUCAAGCAGAUCCCAGCUUCGCCCACACACCACUCGCAGCAGGGUCGAGCCCUCUGCAAUCGGAUUUCUCCGAGCGCCAGACUAGAGUGAUGAGUAUUCUGAAUACUACUCCGGACUCAUUCUCAGAUGGUGGAACGCACGAUAUUAGUGAUGGAGAUGGCCUCAGACGCACGAUCGAAUCGCACGUUGCCGCAGGCGCAACUAUGAUUGAUGUUGGGGGCCAGUCUUCGCGGCCGAAUGCGCCGGACAUCACGGCAGACGAGGAGAUUGCACGCGUCGUGCCAGCUAUUGAGAUGAUCAGAUCGCUGCCGGGGGCUGAGAAGAUAACGAUUUCCAUUGACACCUAUCGUGCCGCCGUUGCGGAGGUAGCGGUGAACACCGGAGCUCAUGUGGUCAACGACAUCUCGGCCGGCCAGCUGGACCCAGAUAUGCUGCCCACCGUUGCAAGACUGGGUUGCACAUAUGUCAUGAUGCAUAUGCGAGGUACUCCAUCUACCAUGCAAAGCGAAGAGAACACACAAUACCCCAAUGGCCUCAUCACGACCAUUCGAGAUGAGCUCGGAGCGCGUAUAGAUGCUGCUAUGGAAGCUGGCAUACGGCGCUGGCGCAUCAUCCUGGACCCUGGUAUCGGCUUUUCCAAAACCCAGCAACAGAACCUGGAGAUCCUUCAGAGUGGUCGCGGCCUGCAUAAGGGGAAGUGCAGGAACAUGCCAUGGCUCGUCGGCAGCAGCCGCAAGGGUUUCGUCGGCAAGAUCACAGGGGUGGAAGAGCCGAGAGAGCGGACCUGGGGCACGGCGGCGACGGUCACUGCUGCCAUACGCGGUGGUGCUGAUAUCGUCCGCGUGCACGAUGUCAAGGAGAUGGUGGAGGUGGCGAAGAUGGCGGAUGCUAUUUAUCGGCGAUGA